AUGCCUGAUCCGCCACAAGCCCCGAGAGGAGCCCCGGUACAGGCGAACGCCCCUCCUGCAGGCGGAGGCGCCGCCGCAAACCCAAUCGCCGAGCCAGAAGAAGCCAAGCCAGAUAUAAUGGCAAUUUCGCUGUCGUCCCGUUUGCCGGAAUUUUGGACGGACCAGCCGCGAGUGUGGUUCAUUCGCGUCGAAGCCAUCCUCGCGCCGCAGAAGCUCGGGGAUGAUUCCCGAUUCGAUCUUGUGGUCGCGAAACUGCCUAAGGAAGUGAUUGUGCAGCUCACGGAUUUCCUGUCUCGCCCGCCGGCCGCUAACAAGUUCACCGCGCUGAAGGCCAAGCUGUUAUCCUUGUUCGAGGACACGAGAAUCCGUCAGAUUGAAAGAUUGAUCGGCGAAUUGGAGCUCGGUGAGUCAAAACCAAGCCAGUUACUGAACAGAAUGAAGGACCUGGCUCGAGAAAACUUCCCAGACGAAACCCUGCGGAUUCUGUGGCAAGGCCGCCUGCCUGUGAACGUACGAGGAGUCCUGGCAGUAGCAGAAACAAGCGACCUCGACAAAUUGGCCAUUAUCGCGGAUAAUGUAAUCGAAGCUACGCGACAUAGCUAUGUGUCCGAGGUCAGGCAACCAUCGUCAUUCGGCAAGCCGCCGUGUGACGGCAACGCGUCGACCUCUUCACAGUCAGAAAUUGCCCUCCUGACUAAGCAGGACGCCAAGCUCACCGCCCAAAUGUCGAAUAUGGAGCGGUCAAGGUCGCGGCAGAGAAACCAGAAGCAGCGACGACGCAGCUACGGGAGGUCAACGUCGCGCGGUAGGAGCUCUUCGCGCGGACAGCCUCGGCGCGCCAAGGACGAUCCAGAAUGGCUUUGCCGAUAUCAUUUCAAGUUCGGCGAAAAGGCCCAGCAUUGCUUCCAGCCGUGCGCGUGGAAACUGUCGGGUUCGGAAAACUAA